CGAGGGUCAUAUAUGAAAAAAACCGUCGCAACCAAUUAGGGUUCUUCCUUUUAUUUCUUUUCCUCCUCAAUUAUUAUCCUUCUCCUCCUCUCUUCCCUAAAAGAAAAAAAAAACCCUAAAAAUCAAGCAAUCAUGACCGGAAAAGCAAAGCCAAAGAAGCACACGGCGAAGGAAAUCCAAGCAAAAGUGGACGCAGCAACAACAAACAGAGGCGGAGGAAAAGCCGGCGUGGCAGAUCGAACCGGAAAAGAAAAAGGCGGACAUGCGAAAUUCGAAUGUCCACACUGCAAAAUAACAGCACCUGAUAUCAAAACUAUGCAGAUUCAUCAUGAAUCCAAACAUCCUAAACUUCCUUAUGAUGAAUCCAAAGUUACUAAUCUUCAUGCUGUUCUUGCUCCUCAAGUUGAAUCCAAACCUCGUCCCGGUGUUCGCGGCAGUUUGAAGAAAUAAAAUAUUUAUUAUUAUUAUUAUAAGUAUGUUUGUGUCGGCCGCCUGAUGAUGCUGGCGGCGGUUUAAGUUGUGUUUUUUUUUUUAAAUUGUCAUGUGUUUUUCUGUGUCUUUGGAUGCUGAUGUUGUUGUGUCUGUUUGUUAUUAUUAUUAUUAUUAUUAUUAUUAAUCUUAUCAUGUGAUGCUUAAUCUAUAAUUACUGUCUAAGCUAUGAAUAAUCAUGAUGUUAUGUUUUAUAUUAUAUGUAUGUAUGUAUGUAAGCAUUUUGUUGUCUA